CUCCCGUUUGGCCGAGUGUUCUAGCUGGCCAUCUUCUGAAAGCAUGGCUUUCCCGGCAGGAUUUGGAUGGGGGGCAUCCACUGCAGUUUAUCAAGUGGAAGGAGGCUGGGAUGCAGAUGGAAAAGGCCCUAGUGUCUGGGACACAUUCACCCAUCAGGGAGGAGAGAGAGUUUUCAAGAACCAGACUGGCGAUGUAGCUUGUGGCAGCUACACUCUGUGGGAGGAAGAUUUGAAAUGUAUCAAACAGCUUGGAUUGACUCAUUACCGCUUCUCUCUUUCCUGGUCACGUCUGUUACCUGAUGGGACGACAGGUUUCAUCAACCAGAAAGGAAUUGACUAUUACAACAAGAUCAUUGAUGAUUUGUUAACUAAUGCGGUUACGCCUAUAGUGACCCUCUACCACUAUGAUUUGCCUCAGGCCUUAGAAGACAAAGGAGGUUGGUUGUCAGAGGCAAUCAUUGAAUCCUUUGAUAAAUAUGCCCGGUUUUGCUUCAUUACUUUUGGAGAUCGAGUUCAGCGGUGGAUCACCAUAAAUGAGCCUAAUGUUUUUGCCCUGCUGGCAUAUGAUUUUGGAAUAUAUCCUCCUGGUGUACCUCACUUUGGAACUGGAGGUUAUCAGGCAGCUCGUAAUUUGAUUAAAGCUCACGCCAGAUCCUGGCACAGCUAUGAUUCCUUAUUCGGAAAAGUGCAGAAGGGUGUGGUGUCCCUAGCAAUUUUUGCUACCUGGGGGGAACCGGCAGAUCCCAACUCAGUGUCUGACCAGGAAGCUGCUAAAAGAGCCCUUGCUUUCUGCUUGGAUUUCUUUGCUAAACCCAUAUUUACUGUUGGUGAUUAUCCGGAAGUUGUCAAGUCCCAGAUUGCCUUCAGGAGUAAAAAGCAAGGCUAUCCAUCAUCAAGGCUUCCAGAAUUUACAGAAGAAGAGAAGAGAAUGAAUAAAUGCACUGCUGAUUUCUUUGCUGUGCAUUAUUAUACAACUCGCUUAGUCAAGUACCAGGAGAAUAAGAAAGAACUGGUUUUUUUCCAGGAUGUGGAGAUUCAAGUUUUUCCAGACCCAACUUGGAUAAGAAGUUUGGAUUGGAUCUACGUGGUGCCAUGGGAAAUACGUAAAGUACUGCAAACAUUAAGGACUGAAAUAGCUGGAUCCUUUUUGGGCCUCUGCUAUCUGGAUGGAGUCCAGGAUACGUAUAAUAACCCUGUAAUUUACAUCACUGAGAAUGGGUUUCCCCAGGGUGACCCUGCAUCUCUUGAUGACACUCAGCGCUGGGAGUAUUUCAGACAGACAUUUCAGGAACUGUUCAAAGCUAUCCAGCUUGAUAAAGUCAAUUGCAAAAUAUAUUGUGCAUGGUCUCUUCUGGAUAACUUUGAGUGGAUCCAAGGGUAUAGCAGCCGGUUUGGUUUCUUCCAUGUUGAUUUUGAGGAUCCUUCUAGACCUCGAGUGCCUUACACAUCAGCCAAGGAGUAUGCCAAGAUCAUCCAAAACAAUGGCCUAGAAGAACAUCCAUAA